AUGCGCAGUAGGACCAUCGAAUAACACCCUGACGUGUUUUCAUUAUUAUUUCCAAAAAACACAUUCAAAGUAAAUAAUAACAAAAACACUAUUAUAAGGAGCUAUUUACACAGAGUGCGGAUUCACCCUUAUCUGUGUUCUAAGGCCCGAUCUAUACACGGUUGCAAUUCUUCGUUACUGGUAUUGUGUAAAUAUUUAGUGAGGUUAGGUCCUAUGUAAUGUGUAGUGCACCGUGAAGUAUUUUUUUUGUGAUAAAAAGUAGUAAAAUAAUAGAGCCUACUGAGUAAACGAAAAAGAUCAGGAAUUUUGUUGGAUCUACCCUCGACAAUGUUCAAAAUGACCAGCAACACAGCGUGACUAGAGUGUUUGGGCUAUGCGAUUCUUGAUUUGUCAAGCCCAAUGGCGAAGAUGCGGCGUGACAAAGUGUGGCGUUGGCGCUGCCAGUGGAGCGUGGUAACGCUCGCGGCAAUCGCGCUGGUGGUGUACAACGCGGCUGCCAACAUGUGGCUGCUGAGCCCGCAGCCCUGCCCGCGCAGCAGCACGCCGCCCGGCGACCUGCCCACCUGCGAGCCCUGCGAUACCGCGCCCGUCACGGCUGUAGACGACGAUCCUAUCGCGAGGCUAGACCUGAGGCUCGGCCGCUGGGAUGGCUCCAGAUCAUACAGGAUGUUCGACUACGCAACAGUCGGAGAUAUGUACGCGGAGAUAUCCUCCAACCACCGCGUGUGCUUAGCAACACAAAGUUCAAUAGAAAGGCUACACGAACUGCUCAGAAUAGCAGCGCAUUGGUCCGGGCCAAUUUCAGUGGCCGUAUUUGUAGCUGGGGACGAACUAAGGUUGUUACGAGCAUUUGUGACUUGGCUGUCUCGGUGUAGGCCAGAAGUUUAUGCGAGGAUGGCGAUGCACGUUGCUACGCCUGUGGAAAGACCUGGUGUUCAUGGAAACAUGCCUAUUUGGGCAAGGAAUUGUAAAGCAUCACCUCUACCUUUAAGAGAACGUAGAGCUGAUACGGUCGCUUGGCGAGCGCGGCAUCCAUAUCCACAGAAUCAUUUGCGAAACUUAGCGAGAAGAAACUGUCACACUCCUUAUGUUUUCCUGGUAGACGUGGAUAUAGUGCCUUCAGCAGGCAUGGCGGAUGCGCUAGACAGUUUUCUCGCCAAAACACCAAAAUGCCCUCUCUGUGCUUAUGUGGUGCCGACUUAUGAGCUUGAUAAACGAGUGGCGAACUUCCCAGCCAACAAAUCGGAGUUGCUGCGACUGUCGAGGAAUAAACUGGCCAUACCAUUUCAUAGGAAAGUGUUUAUUUAUAACCAGUACGCCUCGAAUUUUUCUAGAUGGGAGUCAUCGGGAGGGAACGAGACCCUGGAGACGCACAUCAGUCACAACGUGACUAACUUCGAACUCCUGUACGAGCCGUUCUACGUGGCGCCGGACACCGUGCCAGCUCAUGACGAGCGGUUCCUCGGCUAUGGCUUCACGAGGAACACUCAGGUGUACGAGAUGUUUCUCAUCGGGUACCAGUUCAAGGUCCUGUCACCAAUCUUCACCAUCCACUGGGGCCUGCAGGCUCGACGCACCCGCCCUCUGUGGCGGGAGAAGCAGAACGAGAAGAAUAGAAAGCACUUCGAAACAUUCAAGAGAGAGCUUUACGCGAGGUAUAGGAGGGACCCCCUCCACCUGUUGAGAAGACCCCAGCAGGCCAAGAAGACAUAGGCCUCGCAAGGCCGCGCUAAGCUGGCCGGCCUUCUAACAACCUUUUCUAUACUUCUACAAUUUUUCUGAGCUUUGAGUGUUAGUUUUUUGUGUGAACAAAAACUUGUUCACUGCAGAUAGCGUUAUCUAUUAACUCAUACUCGUGUGACGAAACCUAAUUCAUACUCAGGUACCUAUCUAUCUACCAAUAUUAAAAAUGCGAAAGUGUGUCUGUCCGUCUUGUUUGUUAGUUUUCAGGGCUCAUUCGCUUAACAAAUUUUGACAAAAUUGGGACAGACAGCUUGCAUC